CAGGCCCUAACCGAAAGCGAAAGAUAUCGAUGGCAUCAAAAAUGUUUGUGUAAACACGUCAAUGCGUUGUUACACUGCAUUACCCACCACAAAGACGAUGUUCAUCCAAAGAUGCGUUUCAGUCUCACACCACCUCCACCGAAAGCGUUACACACAUCGACCAUAACCACGGCGGCUGCGGCUACACCCCGAUGGACAAGCAACAACACCAGCAACCGGAACUGUAGUAGUAGUAGUAGUAGUAGCAGCAGUGCAACGGCAACAACAACGACGCCAGCCACAACGAUAAAGACAAACUGUGACGUCGUCUAUCAGAAACAACAACAACAAUACCAAACGACGGCCAAUAACAACAAUUACAAUCAUAACGGCAGCAGCAUCGACAGCACCAACUGUGAUAGGUAUAACAAAAUGCAAAGGCAAGAAGAUACAACAAAUUCCAAUAAACCGAAUGUUGCACAAACGGAGGAAGAGUCCACCUCGGACUAUAAACAAUGGUUGCAUGCCAUGAAAUUGGUAGCACGUUUACCGGGUGGCAUACCACCGGAAUUUCGACGAAAGUUAUGGCUUUCGUUGGCGGACAAAUAUUUAAAAUCCAAAAAUGUCGAUUGGUCCAAGGAAGAGGAAAAAUGCUUUUGUGAAAAAUGGCGUGAAGAUGACGAAGAGUUGGGCAUACAAAUUGUUAAGGAUCUGCAUCGCACUGGCUCCACCUUGUGUACAGGUCCAGCAGGCGAUGUAAAUCAGGCCAAACUUAAACGCAUACUUCUGGGUUAUGCUCGUUACAAUCCUGAAGUGGGCUACUGCCAGGGUUUUAAUAUGUUGGGAGCUCUCAUCCUUCAAGUCAUGGACAAAGAAGAAACCGAAUCCAUGAAGGUUAUGAUCUAUUUGGUUGAGGGUAUUUUACCCCCCGGUUACUUUUGCGGCUCCAUGGGUGGCCUUCAGGCUGACAUGGGGGUUUUUCGUGAGCUAAUGCAAACAAAGCUACCACGUCUGGCCAGACAUUUGCAAAAGUUGCAGGGUCCUGUGGAGAAUGCCUAUGAACCGCCACUGACAAAUGUCUUUACCAUGCAAUGGUUUUUGACAAUGUUCUGCACUUGCUUGCCCAUGUCAUGUGUGCUGCGGGUCUGGGAUCUGGUGCUCAUCGAAGGCAGUGAUGUAUUAUUGCGUACAGCUUUGGCAUUAUGGAGUUUGCUUGAAGAGCGUGUCCUUAGUACCCGCAGCGCCGAUGACUUUUAUGGAAAAAUGGGUUCGUUUUCCAGUGAGCUUUUGAAUGGCCACCUUAUCGACUCAAAUGGUUUGAUUGAAAAGGUUGUACAACUGGGACCCAUACAAGAUAUUCAAAAGUUGCGAGACAAGCAUUUGUCCACCAUUACGCCUUUGAAAACCAAACAAGGACUCAAUUUUUACUAUGAUGAUGAUGAGCCCGAUAUGGAUGAAGAUUCUCGUUUGGCUGUAGCCACAGUUUGGGGUAUACCCUGGGGACGUAGAGGCUCACAAGGGCACUCGGCCAAUGUCAUUGCCAAACAGGCUGCCGAAAGCAAGGAUAGAAUAGCUCUUGAUAUUUCGCUGCUUAAGAAGCAGUACGAUCGUCUAAGAGAACGCCAGAAGCAGGCUCACAUUAUACUCACCACCGCAUGUUCAACAGCUCGUCAGAGCACAGGAAGUAGUGCCGCGGCAGCUGCAGCUCUGCCAGUCAAUCAAUUACUCUCCGGCCGACCGGCCAUUAUUACAAGCCGAGGACGCCGUGGUCCUCCCAUAGGUGCCAUACCCCCGGCUCGCAAACCUUCGCUGCCAGCUGUGCUGCAGGAUAAGCCACUGGAGAGACAACUGAGGCGUGGCGAAACCAUACAGUGGAGAGACUCAAAUUUGGAUCCCAGAAGGCGACGUGAAAGUUUAACCUGGAAAGAGAUACGAGCGGAGAGAGCAGCUAUGAUCAGCUCUGGCAGCAUUGAUGGGUUCAAAUCGCAAAAAAUACGCACAAAACGUUUGGGCAAAAGUGAUUCCUCUUCGUAUAGCGAGGAGAGCGAAGAUGAUGAUGAUGAUGAUAAGGCUGCCUCCAGCUCCGACACAAGUCUGGGUGAUGAUGACAAUGCAGCGUCGAAAAAUGUCAGAAAAUCAAAACUGGUUUUGAUGAAGCAAAGAAAGCUGGGCUCAACCACCAUGGAAAAUGGAGAUAGACAAAGGCCUAAAUCUUGGGCCCCCUCAAAUAGUGAAAUUCCAUUUAUGCUCAUGACCACAGAUUCUCCCAAUCAUAGCGCCGAUGAGAGUGCAAACAAACUGGGUAUACCCGAAGCCUUUAAUGGCGAGGAGCUGGCAAAGGAGGAGGAGAAUAGUGCCACUGAGAGUGAUCAAAUGCCUUUGGAAAUCGCCAGUGAUGCCAGCAAGUGGCAAAGCACUCCUUAUGCCCCCUUGGGCAAUGAAGAUUUUAGUACUACUUCUAGAAGCGAACCUUUGCUCAUAGAGACGGAGCCCAAAUCACCAGCAUCACCUACCUCAUGCGAAGUCAUACAGCCCACAUCAACACCACCCAUUACAGAUGUAACCGAAAUUCUGGCCAUCUCAAAAGUUCUGAGUCCCCCCAUCAAAACUAAUUACAAUGAGUCAACCAACUCCCUAGGCAGUGGGGAUGAUGGCGAUGGCGAAAUGCCGUGUGCUGAAAAGAAAUCAUAUGGAGUCAGCGAUGAAGGUGUGACCAAUCAAUAUUUUGAGCGUGUAAAUAGCUCAGAAAGACCUACAAAGCUGGAACUAAUGUACUCCUUGAAUGAAGAAGACUCCAUACGUGAUGCCUACAAGGAUGACAACCCCAGCGUUGACGGCCACGAAACCGAAGAUCAAGUAAUAGAUGAUGAUAAUCAAAGCAGACGCAUGGAUCUUUUGGUUGAUUACUCCGAAAAAUCCUCUGCAGCUUGCAUAGCUGAAGCCAAAACUGAACUCUCCACUAAUAUGCAAGCACACGACUCCACCCAGCAUGCCGAACAGUUGCCCACUUAUAAAUCUUUGGCAGCCAGCAAGCGCAGGGAUCCCAGAAGAAUGACCCUCACUAGGUCAAGUACUAUGGAAAUUGAAAAGCGCUAUCAGGCCUUGGAGAAACGUCUAAGCAUGGAAGUCUCCACAAAGUACAAAAUUACCUCCAAUGAUACGCACAAUGAUGAGGAAAAAUAUCGUUGCUAUCAACUGUCGCAGCUUGAUGUCAAGGAAACUCAAGAGCAGGAACCUAAGACAGCGUGUCCUGUAGAUCAACAACAGGAGAGUGCGACAUAUGUUUACAGGACUCCUGCCCCAAUUUCUACAGACGAUGAACAUAAAAACAUUGAGGCUACAAGUUACAAUUCUAAUCGUGUUCCUCUAACAACUUCCCAAAAUGAAAAUAGCACUGUGACGAGCAAAUAUCACGGCUACUUGCCAAGCUUAAAUUCCCGCGAAGAAUAUCAAAUGCCGAUGUCCACAACCUUAAGUGACAACAAACGCCAUGACUAUGCCAUAAAACCAAAUUCGGAUGAUGCAAAGGAAGCUUAUGACCCGCGUCCUAUAUCCUCAGUCAUCAGCCAUAGUGGAGGGGAAGAUUAUCGUUUCAAAUAUAGAAUUUCUGAAGGAGAAGAUAAAAAACCAGAGCCUUAUCGUAUAUACCAUGCAGGCCACUAUGAGAAGAAGGAAAAUGGGGAUGAAAAACCCCCAUUGCAUUGCACAACUUCGAACUCCAAGGAGGAGGAUUCAAAGAGCAUACCUUACCGCUACACUAAUCCUGCCAGCUCAAUAGAAAUCGAUAAUGGUGUAGAUAAAUAUCGAAAACAAAUUGCCAGCGAAAAUUAUCGAAUUUCCUCAGCCAUUGAAACUGAAAUGGCUAGAGAUGAAGACAAACAUCGAAUUUCCGAUUCUAAAGAGGCCGAAAGUAGACGAGAGCCUUACCGCAUUCCUCCUACAGGCUCCUCCAGCGAAGAUCUCAAUAUUAGAACCUACCAAACUUAUACAGAUCGAGACUCUGAGCAAUUUCCCUCCAAAACACCAAAGAGUGAGGUGGAGAAGUAUGGUACCUACAACAUUCAGUCAAUUCCUAGAGAUUUCAAUGACAGCGACAGCAAAAACGAACAUUAUCGCGUCUCCACUUGUAGGGAUGAAGAAAUUUCCCACUCUACCCAUUCCCCUCCGCAACGAAAGUCCAUAAUUCCCUCAACUGCCGACCUAGAAGAACGCUUUGAAAAUAUGAUUCGAGAUCGUUGCAAACAAGCGGCAGGUGUAAGCGACUCUGAAAAAGGUGGCAAUUCUCGCAAAACUCCCGCGUCGCCUAAACAAAGCCCCAGGCAUGAAUCCAAUCAAAACACAGACAAAACUGCCGAACAAAGCAGCAGCAAUAAGAAUGCCUCAAAGAACUCAUCCAGAAACACUGGACCUCAAGACAAUGUGAAGUCCAAGGGCUUGCCCCCAGAAUCCGAUGGUGAGGCGAUGGAUGAUGCUGAGCCAGAUCAAGAAGACGAGGAGGAGAUUUCAGAGGCAAAGCCAGCUUCGGAUAGAAGCAUUGGUUCCACAACAACAAGUCGAAGACAAAGAAAAAAGGAACCUCCUGAUGCGGAAAGUGAUUAUAGUGAAAGAGAUUCAGAGCCUCCGGACGAUGAGGAGGAAGCUCCGGUUUCAAAUGCGGAGAAUAGUGAACAAGAGGAAUCUGAGGGAUCGGUCACCGUUUCUGGUCAUGAUUCUCCAGAAAUAGAUUCUGAACCAGAAGUCCCUGAAGAAGAGGAAGUGGAAGGGGAGGAUGAAGCGGAAGCUGAAGUAGAGCAAGAGGCCGUAGAAGAGGAAGACGAACCCAUCAUAGCUUCUAGAAGGCAAUCGGAGCUCAUGUCAGCAACUUCCCGCCGACAAUCCGAUCUCAUAUCGGAAGACAUGGCCUACUCGCGCAGGCAAUCUGCUUUAUCCUCGUCCUUUUCCAGAAGACAAUCGCACAGAGAGGACGAUGAAAUGUCUCAAAAGUCCGCCAAAAUAUCUACAGGUAAAAAGUCUCCUCCCUCAACAGAGGAAUUGGAAAAACGCUUUGAGGCAUUGGAAAAGCAAAUGAGCAUCAGUAAGUCAGAGGCUAGUGAAGAUUUAUUGGAAGAACCUAUGGCGGUAGCCGCAGAUGUUGAGUUCGAUGAUAGGCAAAGUCCUGAUGGUUAUUCUGAAUUAGAUCAACAGGCAAUGGCUGAGGAGGAAGAGGAAGAAGAAGAAUCGCAAAAUGCCGCUGGCGGUGAAAGUCAAACCGAAGAGGAACACAAUGAGGAUACGGCCCAAGCGACAAAAAUAAAAGCCAAUGUCAUAGAGGCCAUGAAAUCUAGCUCCAAUCAACAUUCCGAUGAAGAACCCGAUAGUAGAUCUACAAAAAUGGCCACAAAUGUUAUGGAGGCCAUGAAAUCUUCCAAGCGCCGCACAGACUCCAUGGCAUCCAAUGUUAUGGAGGCUAUGAGACGUGGGGCUGCUGAUGAAACAGACAACCGAGCGAACAGAAUCAAGGCGAAUGUCAUAGAGGCCAUGAAAUCAGCCUCAGCCCUACCCUCACCUGUGGAGGACACCUCCGAAAGUCGUUCCAGCCAAAUGGCAACAAAUGUUAGGGAGGCUAUGAGGAAACAUCAUUCCGAUGCCCACGCAGAGGAAGUGGAAGUGGAAAAACAUAAAAGGGCCAACAAAAUAAAAGCUGAUGUCAUACAAGCCAUGAAGUCUUCUUCCGCUCUGCCUUCACCCAUUGAGGAUGAGGAAGCUCGCAGCCAGCAUAUGGCUGCCAAUGUCAUGAAAGCCAUGAAAUCGUCAACCAGCCGGAAAGCCAGUGAAGAGGCCACAGAGAAACGAAAUAAAUCGAAUAGAAUCAAGGCUGGUGUCAUAGCCUCCAUGAAAUCGGGCGGCGGCGAACAGCCCUCUCCCGAUGAGCCAACAAAAUCCAGUAAAAUGGCCUCAAAUGUUAUGGAAGCAAUGCGAGCAUCGGCACGCCCCUCUCCCGAGGAUGCCGAAAAACGCAGCCGUUCAGAAAAAAUCAAAGGGGAAAUUGUAAAGGCAAUGAAAUCCCCUUCCGAACAUCAUUCUACGCUGGAAAGUGCAGUACAUAAAACUAAAAUGGCCACUAAUGUCAUGGCGGCCAUGAAGCCAUCAUCAGCUUCGCGUCGACCUACCGACAAGGUAGCAGUGGAAAAACAAAGCAGAUCCGAUAAAAUAAAAGCGGGCAUAAUUGCUUCCAUGAAGGCUUCACCGGAUGAGGCACCGGAUACCCGCAAGAAGUCUAUACCCGACACUGAAGCCCAAGACAAACGAAGCAGAUCGGACAAAAUUAAGGCAGGCAUAAUAGCAUCAAUGAAAGCUUCUCCCGAUGAGCCACCACCAGCAACGUCCGGCAAGAAAACCUUGACAGAGAAAGAGGAAGUGAGUAAGCUAAGCAGAUCGGACAAAAUCAAGGCCGGCAUAAUAGCAUCAAUGAAAUCCUCCUCUGAACAACCGGCUGCCGAUGAGAGUCCUACAACUCCCACAGCAAAGGAAGAUACCGAUAAACGCAGAUCUGAUAAGAUUAAAGCCGGCAUUAUUGCCUCUAUGAAAUCCUCUGCGGAUCAUCAGUCCACCGAGGAGCCCAGUAGGUCAUCUAAAAUGGCUUCCAAUGUUAUGGAGGCCAUGAAGGUCUCUAAUCGCCCAGCUGAGCAAACUGAGAAGCUUAGUCGAUCGGAUAAAAUCAAAGCAGAGGUUAUCUCCGCAAUGAAAUCUUCCUCCGAGCAUCAUUCGCCAACGGAGGAGGAAACUUCUCGUAGCAAAUCUAGUAAAAUGGCCACAAAUGUCAUGGCUGCCAUGAAAUCUUCCUCAAAACGUGCCGAUAACAAACGCGAAGAGGAUGAAAAGACCCGGAGGGCUAAUAAAAUCAAAUCAGAUGUUAUUGAGGCCAUGAAAACCGCCUCCGAUCCUCAGAGCGAAGAAACCGAAAGUCAUAAAUCCAAGAGAAUGGCCACCAAUGUAAUGGAUGCCAUGAAGUCCUCAAAAAAGACAGCAACUGCCACAGCAAGAAAAUCCCCCGAAGAAGAAAAGGUGCGCAGGGCAAACAAAAUCAAAGCCGAUGUUAUUGAAGCUAUGAAAUCCGGCAACCAAGACUCCGAGGAUCCCAAAAGAUCUACGAAAAUGGCCACAAAUGUUAUGGAGGCCAUGAAAUCAGCCACCACUGCUCGUCGUUCAACAGCCGAAAGUUCAAGACUCAAAUCCACAAAAACCCCAGCUACUCCAGUCAGCAGUCGUCCCUCGCCAAAAGAUGAGGCGGCUGAGCAGAAAUAUGUCUCGCCCAAGCUCGAAUCAUUGUCCUCAUCCUCGAGUAGACGUUCCUCGGAACCCCCAUCAACAGAAGAUCUGGAGAAACGUUACGAAGUGCUCAAACGACGCAUGAGUUCCAAAAAUUUUGAAACAAACAAAAGUGCUCGAAGCAAUACUGCCGAGGGCAAGGAUGCCACUGCCAAAACCUCGCCACCAUCUACCGAUAGCCUGGAAAGACGAUUCGAAAGGCUGCAAAGCGAGUCCAAGAUGGAUGAAGCGAAAAAAUCAAAAGAAAAAGCUGCGGUGAAAAGUUCGGCUACACCAACAAAAACCAUAAGCGAAAUACCACUAGCCCCCGAGCAACCAGCUGAAAGUCCUCCCUUGAACAAAACUCCCAGCCCGGAGGCUGGCACCCGGUCUGCCCUCAUCGAAGAACUGCAGUCAAAAAUGGGCGCCACACCCGACGGCGAAAACAUCAAACCCAGUUCCAUAAAUCCCAAUCGCAAAACACCACCACAUCCCCCUCCUCAUCCCGUACUGCGCAAAAGCAACACCGAUGAGACUUCGGAAACACAUGCCACCAACGCUAAUAGCCUGUCGGGAAAAUACGAACCGAUUCAUUCGUCCAGUCGAAAAAUGGUUCGUCGUUUUUCCGAUUUACCCUCAAGAGCCGAUCUUGAGAAUCGUUUACAGUUCUUGGAAGAGCAACUUAGCAAAACACUAUUGAAGCAACGUCGAGCAAGUGAUUCCGAAGUGGCAUCGACCAGUCGUAACCGUCAAGGCAGACCCAUGCCAGCCAACACUAGCAUAGGGCAUGUGGGAAAAUUGGAAUCUCGUGUGCUUGAAUUGGAAAAGCAAUUGAGUGCCAGCAAGAAAUUUAGAGCAACUCUGCAAGAGGGCAAACAAAGCGACAGCUCCUCAACGCAAGCCAAUGCCCCUCAUAUGGGCCUGGAGAUACGAGCAGACUCAGUCGAUGUAACGGGCAAGGAAUUGGUGCGCUACAGUCACUUUGGUGAAGUGGAGGAGCAGGGUUUCCAAAGUCCCAUAAACAUCAGCAUCAAUAUUCACAUGACCCUGAGCAAGGAGGAGUUGGGUAAGGCUGCAACGCAACAUUUAUCGCGGGCGGAUGAGUUAAGCAGACGUCUGCUCAUUUUGGAAGAACAGUUAAAAAUGUCUCAAAAGAAUAUUGCUUCGUCAUCCCUAUCGCCACCCACUGACUCUCACGAACAGAUAAUCGCAAUGGUGGCGGAACCAUCUACCUCGGGGGCGGAGCAAAUGGUUGUUGCUGCAGAAAAGGCAGAGAAGGAAAUAAAACCCUCAGAAUCUCACAAAGAAGAGGAAGAGAUAGCAGAAACCAAAGACACUCAAGAAGAGGAAAUACCGGAGCCUAAAGAGGAAGCCUCUGAAAGGCCAUCUGCUUCUACCUUGACCCCAGAAGGAAAGGAGAAGGAAACUUUGGAGGAAACUUCCAAGCCAGAAGAGAUAUUCAAAUCGGAGGCGGAGCCUUCUAGCAAAACUCCUACCGAAGUUCUACAGGAAAUUCCCGGAAAAAAUGAAGCCCCCAAAAUGCCAGCAACCCAACCCAGAGAGGAUGACUUUGAUAGACGCUUACAAAUCCUAGAGGAACAUAUGAAAAAAUCACGGCCAUUAAGCUCAAGUCUAGAAACUCACAUAGCCUCCAAAGAUAAAGAGGAGACUCCAACAAAGCCGGAAAAGCCCAAAAAAGAUAUGGAAGAUAUUCCAAGAGAACAAACUGCCAAAAAGAUUGAAACACCCAAAGAAGUUGAACGUGUUAAGCCAGAAAAGGAUUCGGGAACUAGCAAAGCUGAAACAUUGCCUGUAGAGACACAGAACAAAGCUGAAACAUUGCCAGCUGAGAAACUGAGCAAAACAGAAGCAUUGCCAUCUGAGAAACUGAGCAAAACUGAAGCACUGCCAGCUGAGAAGCUUGGAGUGGAAACUCUGCAUGGCACUCAGAUGGUUCCUGUUGAAGUUAACAAGAAGACCUUAGUACUUUUGCUGGAUAAUGAACCCAAAGCAGUGAAAGUUCGCCGCCUGACCAGGGCCAAUACCGAGGAGCUUGAAGACCUGUUCCAAGCCCUAGAGAAACAACUCAUUGAGCGCGGGCAAGUUAGGCCCGAAGAUAUUGGCUUAAAGACAGGUGCAGACACCAUAUCUACCAAAGAAAUGGCCAACCUUACCAAGGAGAUAAUGCAACUCUCUAAAUCGGCCAAAUCGGAAGGGGAGGAAGCCGAAGAGAAGCCAUCGUCGUCAGCAAAAACCAAACGCAAAGAGGAAGAUGAUUUCGAUUGGGGCAAGGAUCCCAUCAAACAUCAUUUGAAGAAGAAAACCGUCUACCUUCCAUCAACCAGGGAAUUGGAAUCUCGCUUCCGUUCUUUGGAACGACAAAUCAAAAUGCUCGAAGAUGUGGAAAAAAUCGAUGUAGAACAACGUCUCACUGAAAUCGAAAAGAAAAUCAAACUACAAUACUCGCUGUCCCAUGAGAAAGACUUGAAUCGUUUCUUGGAUCUUUGUGAAGGCAAGGGUUUGGAUGAUACCCCCGUGGAGAUGGAGGACAUGCCACCAGCAGUACCCACAAGCAAAGAAUACCCUCAUGGCCAUCAUUGCGGCCAUGCCAAAAGGCAUCAGUCGCCUGGUCGCACGACUGAAUGCUCUGAACAUUUUGAACAUGGUCACACCCAUUGUUGUGAUCAUGGCCACCAUUGUACCACUCCAAGUGCUCUCAAGAAGCAGCAUCAAUCACCAGUGAGAACUGUGGAACAACCUACGCGUAGCUCGUCCAAGCCCACAACCGAAGACUUGGAAUAUCGGUUUAGGGCUUUGGAUUUAAAGAAAUCCUCCAGACCCAAGCAACACCAUGAGCCUAAGCGCGAGCCCAUACAUCCUUUGGAAAUGCUGCUGGAUCCAAGUCCCGAGGAAAUACCAACCACUGGCGAAUUAGAACAUCGCAUGAGAAUGUUGGAGGAGGGGCGCAGUACCCCCUCACCCUCUUCCCGGAAAUCACGCUCAAAAUCUCCCUCUAAGACGGAAAAAACUUCGCAAAGGCAUGAGUCGCCCAGCCCCAGUGGUUUGCCCACGGCCCAAGAGCUAGAAGCCCGCCUGGAAGCCCUAGAGAAGGAACAACGUUUCGACUUUAAAAUGCAGAAAAACUACAAAGAAUUCAAUCAAAAACUCAAGGAUAUCAUUUCACCCUCACUAUCCUUUGACGAAUUCAAAGCCACCCGCUCAUCAUCGGCUGAGUCUGCCAAAAGAGCCAACGUUCAUCGUUCGCCAUCGCCCAAAGUGACCGUCAGCUGCACGGGUGAUGCCACCACGUGUCCAAAGACCAUACGAUUUCAUGAGGACGAACAGCAACGAUGCCGAGAGACCAUGAAAACAAUUCCAGAUUCACAUGGUGGCUGCUGUGCAUCAGCGUCGGCCACAGUACCAGCUCAUUUAGCCAGUUCUGUUCAAGAAGGCCUAGGCGUCAUGGGGAUUCGUUUAAUGAGGGAAACUUCGCCUCUUCGCCGCAAGGGAACGCACACAGGAGUACCUCUACGCACUGGGGAAAAUAUCAACGAUCAGCUGACUUCCAUCAAGAACACCAUCAAAUCCAUUGACAGCCUGUGUGAGGAGAAGCCAUACCGCACAGAAAGAUGCCAGCAGUACAUUGACUCGUUAUGCUCCGAUUCCACAUAUUUUGCCAGUAAGAAAUCUUCCUAUGAUGACCUGAGAUCAUCACGCCACAACAGUCGUUCCAGAUCACGUGAGUAUGGCGGUGGACCCUCAAUACGAAUCUCCGAUCAAAGUCCGGCCUUCAUACGCUCCAUGGGUUCGGCCGAUUCGAUACGCUCUUCCAGUCCCCUAAGGGCCAGCAGUCCUUUGCAGUAUCACUCAAAUAGGGACCUGAGGCGAGAGACCUCACCACGGCGCCGCCGCAACGAGGAAGAUCGCGAAGAGAACGAGAGUAGGGUAAGACGUGAUAAUCUAUUGCCAAAUAUUUAUAAUGCAUAUAAUCAUAGCUCACUAAGUCAAAGUAGCCAUAGUUUAACUAAGUUUCAUAAAGUAGAUAGCCAACUAAUUUCAAACGAUGAUGUCGAUGUCGAUGUUGUCGAUGUCGAACUACAACAAAUUAACCGACAUGCGACGUCCGCCUACUCCUCCUCCUACCAUGAGACCAGGUCAAUUCACGACAGCAACACAAAUACCUCCAAUAACGCCAACAACAACAACAGCCACCACACCACUUCUAGAAGCACUCUAAGCAAUGUUGUCCCCAACACCACCAUGACCACUUCUGAUACCACAGCCUACAAGGGCAGCAGUAUUCUAGACAUGCCAGUGUCUCCCUAUCGCCAAUUAGGUCUCAGCCGUUCCAAUACUCCCGUCUAUUCGCCAGCCAAAUUAGAGAUACGUCAUACCACGGUAACGUCUACAUUUUACGAUCGUGUCCUUACCGAAAAACAAUUGGAAAAGAAACAUUCCAAUGGCAAUGGCUCAAAUCGAUCACCUGCCAACCGAUCACCCUUAGCCGAAUUACCACCACCUGUUGUGAUACGGCCCAAUGAAAAAUAUUCCCCGCCCAUGUUUCCAUAUCCAGAAACGGCAGCAGUUAGUACAGCUGUCGCAUCUGGUUCUCCUGCCGCUUCCGCUGCUGCUGCUGAAGCCAACACCGCUACCACUACAGUCGUUGGGCCCAAGUAAGCCAUGAACUAAGAAUUUUCACUUGGCCCCCAACCUACUCCCCCCAGUGGAUGCAAAAUGAUUCGCAAAUAAUGUGCUUUACUUAUUAGUCAAAAUUUCGAUAAAUCAAAACAAAAAAACUAAAUUUUAAAUAAACAAAACAAUUGAAACUCAUUUCAAAAUCAAAUUGUAAAUUUAAUUCUGCUGCUGAUGAUGAUUAAUCUUAAAAUCCUUAAACUGUUCAAUUGAUUAAUAACUAUUAAUAAUACAUAUAUAACACGCUCUCUACUCUAUAAAACUAUACAAAAAGAAACUUCAACAGAAACCAAACCCCAUAUGAUGAAGAAGACCUGCAUACUAUUGUUAUACGGCAUAAUACUACGACAUAUUCUUCUAUAGAGAGAUUUAGUUAAAAUUUAUAACUCAAUAACACUUUACAGUAUUUGUUUAAAUUACAUUUAUUAUUAACUCUUUAACUUAAAUAUUAUUAUAUAUAACGUAUAAUUAUUAUUAACAAAUUAUUAUUAUUAUUAUGA